AUGCAAAAUAUACAAAUUGCGAUGAUCAUCGAACGAUCUGUCGCCACAAUAUGGGUGGACACCUAUGAGAAGAAAUGCCGAUUACUAGGCGCUAUUCUCGUCACUAUUACGCUGUUGUUGACAGCUUUCGAAACUGGUCAGGGAUACAGUGAUAUAUUCGCUAAUUAUUUAAUGGCAAAUAGUCUGAUGAUCACCGAAUCGACGGCCGGGCGAGUGACGACCUUUUUUGCUGUGAUUUUCGUUCUUUCCUGCAUAUCAGUGCUGAUUAUCAUAUCACAAUACUGCUUCAGUUUACAUCAGAGGAAACGGUAA